AUGAUCUCGUGCAACACAAGCGAGCCAUGGCGGCCGAUGGGCCACGUGCUCGACCUGUACGUGUUACCGGUCGUUUGUGUGAUCGGGCUCAUGUUGAACAUGGCCUGUUUGUUCGUUUUCACACGGAGGUAAUAUUGGCAAACUAUUUUCAAAACUUUUUCCCCUAUUUUUAGCCAAUAGCCUUAGAACUAAGACUUUAUAAUUGGCCAUACUAACCGGCCCUACCUAGGCUUACUACCUAUAGGAAAACAUUUCAAUACCUUACUAACCUAUAAGAAAUCAUUUCAGUACCUCACAAAACAAAACCAAGAACCUACCUUAUCUUGUCUAUUUUAGCACAUGAACACUCAAAUGUGUAUGAGGAAACCAAACAACCGUUUCCGCUAACCAAAUGUUAAAAAAUAGGCAAUUUGAAAAUGAAAAUGUUUUGAAAAAUUUUUGAAAAAGUUCAUUUUGAUUACUUUACGCUAAUUUUUCAAUAACUUCUUGUACUAAAAUAGACAAACUUCAACUCAUAACAAUUUUAAUAAGCACUGUGGUUAAAAAGCUUUUAAUUUUUAAACAUAGCCUUAAAAUUUUUAUUUUAAAUUUUACUUUUCAGACGUUCCCAUCCCCUAGUACCAGCCCUAAUAGUACUCAGCGUUUGCGACUCCCUUCAACUUCUAAUAUCCCUUUUCGUACUCUAUCUACCAGCCCUACACGACCAUUUAGAGAUGGACAUGUUCGGUACAGUCGGCCAGAUUGCAUACAUUGCUACGGGCGCCUUAGCCGGUGGGCUUUUGGCUUCAAAUUGUGCUUCAAUUUGGACCAUGUGCUAUAUUUCGAUUCAACGCCAUCGUGCCAUCAUAUCCCCGCUGUCUACGGUGACGAAUCGACGAUCCGGCAUUUGGGCAUUGAUUUGUAUUGCCGUGGCGGCAUUGUUGUUUAAUGCACCAGUUUGGUUCGAGUUCUCAUGGCAUGUAGAUGAGGUAUUGACCGAUGCCGGGGAGAAGCGAUUGUUUUUGUUUCAUACGCCUUCUGCGCUGGCGCAGAGUGUUACAUAUCGAUUUGUGGUAAGUUUUUUAUUUGUAUCAUCGUGUGUUCUACAUUUCGCAACCAAUUUAACGUCAAAGCUACGGUAGCCCAAAUUAAACCAAACUUGUCAUAGUGUUUUUCCAAAAUUUCCAAAAUCUGUUGCAAAUGCACUUGUGUUUUUAGUUCAGUUUGAACCGUUUUGCACGAUAUUAUGUUUAUUAUUGUAGCUUUAUAUUAUUGUACCUGGGUUUCGACUGUAAACAAUCAUUACUGUCUUUUUCGAUUCAAAACAAGUCCAAUUAUUGUUUACAUUUGUGAUUUUGAAGUUGUUUGUUCAUGACAAUUAGUGCUGCUACAAAAUUUCCAGCGAUUUAUGGCUUUUGUAUUUUACAGUAAUUGGAAUUGUUGUUUUACAUUUUGUUUAUCAAAUUUUUUUCCAAAUAUUACAGUAGCUGACUAAGAAAUAACGCAGAUAUUUUAAAAUCAGUCUAAAAAAUCUCAAAUAAACCUAAAUUUUAGCCUUUUUUAUACCUAAACCAGCCUUAAGAGCUCAUUCCAACUAGGUUUAAUCAUAUUUCAACUAGUUUUCCCAGAUCUAACCCCAUUUUUCAAAAUUUUCUUUCCAUAUCUAACACCAUUUUUCAAAAUCGUUUUCCCCUAUUUAACGCCAUUUUUCAGAAUCGUCAAGUACUGUAUCCAAUCGCCGUCUACAUUGGGCCGCUCGUACUCAUCUCAGUACUAAAUCUACGCAUUUUGACCCACAUUUUCUCCGCCAGCAAGACUAUGGUUCAGUCUAUCGGGUAUCAAAGGCGGAUGGAAAAAGAAAAGCGGGCGAUUUGGCUACUGAUUUCGAUUGUUUUGUUCUUUUUCUUGUGUCAUACUGGUAAGUAUGGAGUGGGUUUUGAGGGGUGUUUUGUAGGGUUUUAAGGACUCUUUUAAAGAGUUUCAAAGGGUUUUUUUUUCUUUUUUUUGGAGUUUGAGGGGUGUUUUUGAUUUGUUCUUGUUUAAAUACUUCUUGGUUUUGUUUUGUAUUGCCAAUUUUUCUUUUAAUUUCAUCAACCAUCUUUCACAUUCGUAUUUUACCUCAAUUUAUAACAAAAUAUUCUUUAGGCGGCCUAAUAAUUCGAUUUGUGGAUCAUCGAAAGUAUGGCGAAGAGCCGUGUUUCGUAUUUGCCAAAGAUUUUAUCAACUUUUUGUUCAAUAUCAACUCGUUUGUUAACCCAAUGGUAAGUUUAGUGUCCUCUAUCAUUAAACAAACAAACUUUUUGAUAAAAAUUGUUAUCAGGCUUACAACGCCUGAGGUGUUAAAUUGAUUUUAAGGGUGUUUUAAGGUUAUUACUUGGCUAAAUUUGACAGUAUUUUUUACUUUUUUAAAUCUUAAGCCUAUUAUUUGGUAUUUUAAGACAAUUUUUUGGUACUUUAAGCCCUAUUUUAGUAUUUAAGCGUAUUCUUAGGCAUUUCAAGCCUAUUUUUUAGUAUUUUAAGCCCAUUCAUGCAAUUUUAAAAACAGUUUCAAAACUCCAACCUACCUUUAAAAGACCACUUGUAAAAACGAUGAGAUCGUGUCGGGUGGGGGAUACCUAAAACUUUAUUCAUUACUUAGUAACAAUAACAAAAAUAACAACAAAAUAUGGCACGAAAUUACUCGGAAUCGCCCUGAAAUUGGCAUCAACAUCACGGGGAUACAAUAAUACUGGCAUUACUUGGUAAAAACAUAAGUUGCAUGAGUAGUACAGUACAAAAUUUUUGAAACAAAUAAAAAUAAAAAAUUUUCUUGAAUUUAAAAAGACAAGUGACGUUAAAAGGCACUAGGGCUAGUGAAAUAUCUCGUAUUUUACAUUUCAAGUUAUUUAACAUUCAAAAAAAAUCAAAAAGUUUAAAAAUUCUUAAAUUUUCUCCAAAUUCCCCAAAAAACCUUCAUUUUUCAAAAAUCCACCCUCAACCCCUAAAUUUACUAAUUUCCCUUUCUAACCCAUUCUAAUUUCAGUUGUACUUCUUUUUCACGAAACAAUUCAAGGAUCUACGUGUAAGCUUUACGUUUUUGAAGCGGGAUAGUCCGUCCAGGUUGUUGCAGACCACCUGGUUGGAGAGUGGAAAUCGCAACAAUUCGAUUACAAAACGACUGCUCAGCCGGCUUUCAUCAAGAUCAGUGAUUUCGAGAAGUAAAAGCAGUACUUCGAAUCAGAUUUGA